AAUCAUGGGCAAAUGUCUGAUGAUCGCCGAGCAUAAACUUUUCCAGUGCAAUGGUUAGUUUACUGAAAGCUCUAUGCUCUGGUGUAGGUUCUUGUAUAUUGUUCUUCUAUUUUAUUAUCAGUCUGACGUUUGCCUUUAUUGAAUUGUCAUAUGGGAUCUUAACGAACAGUUUGAGCUUAAUUUCGGAUUCGUUUCAUAUGUUUUUUGAUUGCACGGGACUUUUUAUUGGUAUCUGUGCUGCUGCCAUAAUUCGAGCUCAGUGGAGGCCAAAUAUCCAAUAUACGUAUGGCUAUGGAAGAGUUGACACAAUUGCCGGAUUGGUGAACGCCGUGUGUUUGUUGUUUGUGGGUUUUCUUUUAAGUUUUGAAGCCUUCAAGCGUAUCCAGGCUGUUCCGGUUGUGAAAUCAGAUGGACUGCUAUAUAUAAGUGUGGCUGGGUUAUGUGUCAAUUUUCUUGGGAUUAUAAUCGUUUACAGUAAUACUCCGCAGCGCCGACUACGCAGACAUUCCUUAUCACCGCAAGCUACUUAUGACCUGCGACAGCAAAACAUACGGAACACGACUUCUUUCUAUGAUGUUAAUGAUCAGAGUAGAGGAUUAUGA